GGGGCUGGGAGGCUCCGACUCCGGCACAGGCGGUCCCUGCUGCGGGGGCACCGGGGGCAGCUCGUCCCCUCGGCAGUGGGACGGGGUGAGCUGAGCAGCACAGCACAGCACAUCCAGCACCACCAGGACGACGCCAUGGAGCUGCCGUGGGUGCUGCUGGCGCUGGCUGGGACGGGCGCAGCCGCGGACCUGGCCCGGCUGCCCUACGUGCCCCAGGUGCCCCCCAUGGCACUGCUGGGCAAGGUCACUGCCACCACCUUCGCGCUGGAGAGGCCCCGCUGCGUCUUCGACGGCCACGCCGAAGCCUCCGACGCCGUUUGGCUGGCGGUGGCCUUUGCCAACGCAUCGGCCGCCUUCAGAAACCCCCAGUCGCGGGCUGAGGUGCCCCCGUACCAGCAGCUGCCCUCUGCCCGCUCCUACAUGACGCUGGAGACGGCGGCGGCCGCGUUUUCCUGCUGGGCAGCGAGCCCGCCCGUGCUGCGGGUCGGGGCUGACACGGCGUGCAGGGAGCAGGGCAGGCAGGACCCCUGCAAUGGGCCCCUGCCCUCCCCGGGACCCUACAGGGUGAAGUUCCUGCUGAUGGGCUGCGGCGGCCCCAAGGCGGAGACGCGCUGGUCCGAGCCCAUCCUCCUGCGCACAGGUCCUUGUGGCACUGCCACCCCCCGCGGGUCCCCUGCACCUCCCUGGCUGGGGUGGUGGCACAGCAUCAGCCCUGUGCCAUCACCCCAAAAGCUGCGGGAGAAGCGAUCCCCCAUCCCACACCCACCCCGUACCCCUCAUCCCGCCUCCUUGCAGCCGUCAGCCCGAGCGCCAUCGCCGCCGUGCCCGCCCGCCGGGGCAGUGCCGUGGUGGUCAUCGCCUCCAUCCUGGCCAGCCUGGGCGCCGUGCUGGCCACCGCCGUGCUCGGAGCCCUGGGUGCCAAGGCGUGGGGCUCCCGGUGCCACCAGGGCUUGGGGACCGACGCCUUCAUCCGCAGAUCCUACCGGACCCACCACAUCCCCCCGGCCGCGCCCCAGCCCCUGCCCCCCGGCUGCGGGGGCGGCCCCCCAGGGCUGUGCUGCUCUGCCCCCCAGCCCCCUGCUCCGUGUCAGAGGAUCAUGGAACAGUUUGGGCUGGACGGGACCAUAA